AUGUCUGCCUGCUCUGGGCGCGUCAAAACGUGCCAGACCUGCGCCACGGCCAAGAUCCGCUGCUUACGCUCGCCUGAUUCUCCCAUCUGCGACCGAUGUUUGAGAUUGAACAAGCCAUGCUACUUUCGACCGGCGAGGUUGCGACAGAGUUCGUCAAGGAAGGAGACGCGCCUGGAAACGCUGGAACGAAGAGUCAACCAGCUCCUAGGACAAGCAUCACAAGGCCAGUCCUCGCAGAGCCAUAGUCCGUCCGAUUUUCCCGAGACGACCGACGAUGUCGUCGACAAAGGCAUCCUAUCGCUGGACGAGGCCACUGCCCUGCUCGACUCAUUCCUGCAGUUUAUGAUGCCGCGCUUUCCGUUUGUGGUGCUGCCCACCACAACGACAGUCGACGAACUUCGCGAACAAACUCCGUUUCUGUUCCUGGCUGUCCUUUCUGUCUCUGUGACUGACAGCCCGGAGUUAAAGAGGACUUUGGAUGAGGAAAUGAGAACGGCCCUGGCCGAGAGGACAGUUUUAUCCACCCAGCCGCCAUCGCUGGAAACCCUGCAGGGCCUCUUGGUGGUUCUUGCAUGGUCCCAGCAUCAGACUCAACAGCGCUCACCACCGCGGCACUUCUCGACUUACCUCCACAUGGCCAUCGGCCUGGCGGUCGAUCUGCGGCUGGAUCGACCUGUCGAGGCGCGGAGAGGAUGCCGUCGGAUGAACAUCGGCGAGUGGGGGACGGAGGCUCGCCCACCGAAGACUCUGCGCGCCGAGCAGAGGGCCGCCAUCGGCUGCUCUCUUCUCUCUACAUGCUGUGGUAUCAUCACGCAGGAAAGGUGCACUUUCCCCUGGGCACCGGAGCUGGAAGCCUUUGCCGUUGCACUGGCGGAAAACCCUGAAUACGCCAGUGAUCAGACGAUCAUCCAUCUCGUCCGGCUGCAGCACGUUAUGGAGGAAAUUGAUAGGAUUUCCGUGGACCAGGAUUCGUUACAUCCCAGCAAGUCGAAUCGAACCUUCCAGCACAUCUUCCGGACUUUCCAAGGUCGGAUACAGGAUUAUACGAACCUCCUCCCUCCUGAGCUGACAAACAACUUCCUACUCGCAACGCAGCUGCACACAGUCAACCUCUACCUUUGCCAGGUUAGCCUCUUUGACCGAAAGUCUACCUUCCAACUUCCCAUGGACAUCCGCUCCGAGAUCCUCUGUCACGGCCUCGCUGCUGCAAAAAGCUUCUAUGGGUGUCUUAUGUCCAUUCCUCGCGGGUCCGAACGCCGCUUCAGCUACUCGCAGUGGCUCCAGUCCGGAUUUAACAUGAUUGUCGCCUGCAAGCUGACAUUGAUGGCUGUAUCGGAUGAAGCCUUGUGCCAGGGUUAUCCGCAAGUACAGACGUUAUGCGAUGCUCUCAACAUGCCGGGUAUAUUGCGGACUCGCGUCCUCCAUGCACCGCAGCGCAGCACAGGCGUUCAGUCCCAAGCAACGGGCUUUGAUUACAGAGGUUGGUUACAGUGGAUUGAGGAUUGGUUUAUGCGGCAGUACAGCAUGUAUCUCUCACGGCGAGAAACAUCAAAAGACCAUGCCGCUGUGCCUGUCCCUGUGCCUUCGACGGCGACUGUACCGAUCAUCUAUGCACCGCAGGAUACUUUGGGAAUGAAUGAUGUUAGCACUGAAGAUUUUUCGCUCCCACCUUCUGCUGACAGUAUAUCGUGGGCUUCAUUUCCCGAUAUCCCUUAUGCGGAUAACCCGUUGGCUUGGUGGAUGGAUCUUGGGCUUCUGCCCAUGUAG